GCAAUUUUCUGGAUGUCGUCCACCCAACGAGCUAACGGAUGCCAAGCGCUUCUUACAUCUGUGAGUGGCCACCAUUCUGUUAACUUUUAGUCCAUCUGUCAUCACUCUGCCUAGCAACAUGUCAAAAAUGCAUUUCUACUACAUUGCUGGCCAUAUCACACACUAUUUUGAAGGACUGGUAGCUUCCUCCUUUUGUGGUCAGACAUGGUCAGUGGACAUGGACAUACUGUGCCCACCACUGGCUUACAUGUUAAGGUUGUGGAUACUUAUUUUUAGCACUUUGUAUCUAUAUUCAUUACCUACCUUGACUGGGUAUUCCACUAGACAUAAAUAUUUUCAUUCUCAGGAAUUGUUUGUGUUCUUAUCUCUGUUUACAAGAUGAUAUAAAAGGAAAUGCAACUGUUAAUACUUCAGUUGCAUUGUGAAUCUUGAUAAUACAGCUGUUUUGUGUUCAAUUGUUUAGUUUUGAGUUACAAAAUGCAGUGUAUAAGUUAUUACAGAAAAUACAAUCUUCAGUUACGGAGGUUCUCAUACAUACUAGAUAAUAGUGACAAACAUGUUGCUUGCGGCAUGGAUGAGGGUCUGCUGAACGACCUCCUCGAGUGCUCCGUGUGUCUGGAGCGGCUCGACACCUCGUCCAGGGUGCUGCCGUGCCAGCACACCUUCUGUCUCAAAUGUCUCAAGGUUAUAGUAGAAUCCCACAAGGAGCUGCGAUGUCCAGAAUGCCGCAUCCUAGUCGAGACGAAGGUCGAGGAACUGCCCCCCAACGUGCUCCUCAUGAGGAUCCUGGAGGGGAUGAGAAACAAUGUUCCUCGGAAGAUACUGUCGCAACGGACCAAUAGACAUGCACAGGGGCAGCCUCAGCAGAGCGGUCAGAGCCGGGAGAAGCAGCUCCCGCCGCACGGCCGAGCGCUCUACGACUUCAUCUCUAAAGAACCUGGCGACCUAUCGUUCAAGAAAGGUGAAACGAUCCUUCUGCAGAAGAAACUGGACGCCUUCUGGUACCAAGGAGAGACUUCAGGCCGGACCGGGGUCUUCCCUAUCACUUACCUACAGGUGAUAGUUCCGCUUCCAGUGCCGACGGCGCUAUGCAAAGCGCUGUACGACUUCCGAAUGUCCGCUCCGGACGAAGAAGGCUGCUUAGCGUUUGAUAAAGGGGCGAUAAUUACGGUACAUCGACGAGUGGAUGAGAACUGGGCGGAGGGGCGGCUAGAGCAACGAGUCGGCAUCUUCCCCAUCGCCUUCGUGGAGCUCAACCAGCCCGCCAGGCACCUCAUCAACAGCACCCCCUUGAACCGUCCCGUCCCCCCUUACCAGCACGCCAGGGCGGGGCACUCGGAGCACAGACAUCACGCGCAGCACUCCCACCGCUACCAACCGAUGUCGAUGUCAACUCCCACCACCAACGUCGGCAACUACCAGAACAUGACUCCCCCCGCCCCCAACAUGUCCCACUCCCACCCCAACUACCACUCCCCCCCACACAUACUACCCCCACACAACCUACCCAGGAACAUACUCGAACCGACCAACACUAAACACUCUUUAGAUUUGAUACAUUUCACAAAUGUACAUAACAAGUCUCACGGACAAGCCGCGGUAUUGCAAAGUGUCUCCAGAAUAGGUGAAAACUACGACCGACUCAGAACAGUCAAAUACGACACCUACAACACGACCCCAGUCCACAAACCCGACACCACAUAUCAGAACGUUCGCACGCACGAACACUUCCCCGUAUCCGUGGCUAACUUCAACGCGAACAACGCCAGUUCCGACUCCAGCUCCAGCGUGAACACAGCUUCGGUUGUCAGUUCUACAACUACCCCCAACACGAGCUCGAAUACUAGCACUUGCGAGAGCGCUGAACCGAGUCUACCGAGCUCCCCUGAUAAUAAUACUGAGAGAAAUGCUACCGUCAUAGCUUCAUCGCAAAACCAAACUGAGGAAGAAAAUGAGAACCCUGACUCAUCUCUCAACGCGUCCAUGGGAGUUCUAAGUUUAAACGAAAGCUCAACAGCUACGAAUACAUCUUUAAACGUAUCGCUCCCGCCCGCUGAAAGUCCAAAAUUAAACACUUCUACGAACAACACCAAUCAUAAUGAAAGUCAGGAAGGUCCAAGCACUGAGACUCCGCGACUAGACGCGCCAUCUUCCUCUAAGAUAUUAAACAGGCCGAGUGGUCCAGACUCUUUGUUGAACUUCGGUAUAGGCCUGCAGGCGGCGCUGUCGCCAUCUCACGGCAAAGACGGGAACUACAUGGUGGCGAGGAACCAUAGGGAUCACCAUCAUAGGGAGAAGAGACAUAGCUUGACGCCUUCGUCGCAUUUGCAAGCGAAUCAUUCUACGCAAAACAGGCACUCAGCGGAAAUCUUAGCGACAAGUUUACUGGAUCAAGCCGAGCCAGAGCCAAGGAGACGCCGACGCAGCAGAAGCGGCGAACGAGCCCUACCAGCCGCGUAUGUGGCGCUCUACCCUUACAAACCGCAGAAACCUGACGAGUUAGAGCUGAAGAAAGGAGGUAUCUACAUAGUGACGGAGCGGUGUCGUGAUGGCUGGUAUAAAGGUCGCUCUGAGCGCUCGCAGCGCGCCGGUGUGUUCCCGGGGAACUACGUGGCGAGAUCCAAGCACGAGAAGGCUCAGGUGCUGGCGCCGGCGGCCGCGGUGGUGAAGCCGCCCGCCGUGCUGGCGCCGCCCGACGCGCCGCCGCGCGCGCACAGCCCGCUCCACCAAGGUCAACCUUUAUCUUACCCUUGGAGUUCCGGUGUUCAAAACCAAUCGCAGCAAAGCACACCUAAAUCCGACAAGAGCAAAGACAAGAAAGGCGAAAAGUCGAUAUCGACCGGCGUGAGCCUGAUGAAGCGUCUCGCCGCCAUGAAGAAGUGCAAGUCGCCGCCGCCGGCCGGCUACAGCAUGGACAACCCCGUGUUCGAGGACGCCCCCGCCUGCUCGCUCACCGCCAGGCUGCAGCCGCAGCACGUCAGGUCCGGGUCGUGCCCGUCGCAGCUCCUGCGCGCGCUGCCCGCCACCGGCGUCGGCGAGCGCCGCCACAAGGACCGCCUGCUGCACGACCAUCGCCUCAGCAGAGUGAAUACCGAGAGUCCGUGGCAGUCGCAGCAUCGCAAGUCGCAGUCGCUCGACGUGACAGCCACAAGGCGAGACAGACACGCGCUGCCCGUCAAAGAGAGAUUUCGCUGCAUAGUCCCCUACCCGCCGAAUUCCGAAUACGAACUAGAACUGAAAGUGGACGACAUCGUACUGGUCUCCAAGAAGCGCGGCGACGGCUGGUACAAGGGCACCUUACAGCGCACCGGCAGAACUGGCCUGUUCCCGGCUUCCUUCGUGCAACCUUCCCCGCAGGAUUGACGCAGGCCCACACACACUACGGCUAGUCGGUUUGGGACUCUGUAUUAAUACUAGAAAGUAACUAUAGUGCGACUCAUAACGGAAUCACUGAGAGAGUGUUUACGUUAAGGUUAAUGCUGAAGUGCUUCUUUGGUGCACUCUUCACCGCAGGACUAACGCAGGCCCACACACGCUACGGCUAGUCGGAUAAAGUGCUAUUUAUAAUGUAAAGAUCCAGAGUUACGUCAAGAUGAAUGUGAAGACCAUUCCUCUUGUCUAAAUGUCUCUGCAGGACUCGAGCGGAACGACAUCGCAAUAGUCUCCACUGCGGACAGGACGCACCGGACCCUUCCAGCUGCCUUCCUGCAACCUUCCCCGCAGGACUGACACUACGGCUAGUCGGUCUGGGACACUAUAUUAACGCAAAACAAAGGAACAGUGGUCUUUAUAACGGAAUCGUCGGUUUGGAACUGUAUUAGUACCGGAAAGUAACAAUAGUGCGACUUAUAACGGAAUCACUGAAAGAGUGUUACGUUAACUACCUAGGCUACCCUGCUUGUUGAUACAACUCCUAGUCGUAUUAAUGCAAAAAGUGACAGAUUUAGAUUCGUCUCAGUACUGACUUACAUGCACCAUAACCGAAAAGCAAGUUAUAAUAUGGAAAGCCAUAAUUGCGCGGAUAAACAUAUCUAAUAAUCUUACGACAGUCUAUUUGAAAUUCACUUUAUGACAAAAAUAAUAAUUGGAAAUGAGAAACGAGUAUUCGAAGUAUGAACUUCAGAAACAUUUGAUUGUGGUGUAGUUUUGCCAAGAAAAAUACUUUGACGAUGUAACAUGUUUAACACAGGUAACUGUUUAAAACGAAUUGCAUUUGUUUCAAUCUUAACGAAUGUUCGCUAGAAGACUUGAAAUAACGACUUGUCUAACCCUGUCAGAAUGCACUAAGGUUGAUAUUGGGCAGUAGCCGCGAUAAAAAGAAUGUUAUCGUCCACACGAAAAUUGUGAACCUUAUAAUAAGAAAUUAAGGUAAAUUUUUCAUCAAAUUAAUGAAUUACAUGUACUUUGAAUCGACGUAGAAUGAACUUUUUGUAAGAUUAAUCCCUGUAGUCCGAUAGCAUGUAAGGAAACGGUAAAGCUCAUUUUUGUAUGGACAAAGCAGGGAGGUAAGCUAAGAUUACGAGUGGGUCUCUAGCUAAGGGUGAAUGUGAUGAGUAUGAUCUGAUUUUGUAAAUUGAACUUUAUUUAAAUGAGAUGUAUAAGUUUAAAAAUUAGAGAUCCAGGUUCUUGAUAUUAAAUGUUUAUCUAGGACUUUUUUGAACUAGUCUUCUCGUAUGAAACAUCGAAAUUUCGAAACUUUUAGUACAUUAAACUGCAAUAAUCUUAUACCUCUAUAACAGUCGUAGCAAUUUUUAUAUCCAGUAUUUUUCUUAAAAUGUACAGUAUUUUGUUGAAACCCAUUGUGUUGACUGACGACUACUGCCAGCUUUUGUAUUAUAUUUCCGAACGGCUCCUUGGUAAGUUAUUUUUUUAUAAAUUUCCGUUAUAGGGCAACAGCCAUCCAAAAACGAAGUGGGCCAAUAAUGAGUCCAGAGUAAUGUAUUUUUAUAAAAUAAUUAAAAAACUGGAAAUCACAUCGAUACUCCUCCAUGUAACAAAAGUCUACUCUGUAGCAUCACAGCUAAAGAAAUAAAGCUGUUUUCGGCAAGAGAUAUAUAUGUAUGAUAAAAAAUAUAUAAUAUAAAAAAUCAAGUUAUAUAUUAUUUAUUUUACUCAAAUGGAUUUGAAAAUCAAUGCAAUCCAGAACAACAUUUAGGAGAAAAUGUUCUAUUAAUGUUUGUGUCUCCAGCCGAAAAACACUAAAAGUACAUAGUUUUAAUAUUUCAUAGGUAUAUUUUUCAAUAUUCUACCUAUAUUCUUAUAACCUAGGAUAGGCAUUAUGUUUUCCUUCGUAACAUAUAACUUGUUUCAUCGUACUCUCGGUUGAAUUUAUUUUAUCAUUUAGGUGUGAUACGCUUAUUAUUUUACACGUUAUUGUUAAGUACCACUGCCAUAUUAUACAUUGCAAAUUACGUUUGUACAUUUAAUUUGUUCGACGUAUAUCUUAAUGCAUUAUCCCGAUAGUAUAUAAGGAUGAACUUAGACUAAUAUCUAGUAUAUACUAUUGUUUUAUUCGUGAACAAUGAUUUAUAUAUACAUGAUUAUUUUAAAGUUUCUCUAUUCGGUAACUAAAUUUUAAUGGUAUUGAGACUGUAUGAUAAAAUCUUGUUUUUUAAGAUUUAUUUAAAUAGUUAAAUUAAAAUAAGUAUAUAAAUUUUUAGCGAAUGUAAUGUUUCUUUGAGGUAACGUAGGUAGUUGUAAGGUUUUUGAGUGAUAUGUCAUUGUUGAUAGGCCCCUAGUGUUUCCGAUCACUGACAAAGGGAAAUUGACAAUGAAUGUUGACAUUUUGUAGUGUUUUACAUUUGUUCCGUUUUUACUACUGUAUUUUAGCUGCGACUCCAUGUUUAAUCUCAGUACAUAAUAUAUAUGCACUCGAUUCGAUUAUUAUUUCAGUAUUUUUGUUAAAAAUAAAUAAUAUUUUAGUUUCGUGCAAAGUAGACGAUGAGGGGAAAUGUAGACGCAGACGGUCUAAGACCCUUAUUUUGAUGCUAUUUAAAAUCAGGGGACCGAUUUUUGAAUCUCGAGCGCAUUCAUUCGUCGUUCGAAAGUGAAAAACGACGUAAUGCUAUUUUUGAAAAAGGACGGCUAGUAAUGUUAAAUCUAGUGGUAAAGACCACUCGUUUUUAUCCUAUUAUUAGUAGAAUUUAAAUCGCUAGUAGUGGAUAUAUUAUUGAACAAAAUUAGCGAAAUCGAAUAGUCGACAUUAAAAAAUCGGCCCCCAGGCAGGCAAUCAUGGUCGCGCGAUAAAUGAUAAAACAUCAGGCCGUCUCUAUCGCACUUACAAAUAGUUCGAUAGGGACGGCCUGAUGUUUUAUCAUUUAUCGCG